UUGUUUGAGAAGACAGACGCUGCGAGAGGAAAAAUGGCCAUGUUUGCAACCUUGUUGUGCGCUCUUAGUGCUGCCCUGUUCGUCCAGGCGCAAAAUCCUUCUUCUUAUCCAGUCACUGAAUGCUGCCAACUCGGAGACUUCAUUGCUGACGCCAUGUACUCCAACAUCUUUUACCGCUGUGAGAACGCCGACAACUUCGGCAACCUUAAGGCCAGCAAGAUGUCCUGUGCCAAUGGCGCUCGCUCCGACGAGGGAUUCGUCAGUGGACCUUCCUACACCAAGUACCCCAUCUGUGGUGUCAUUGACAAGGCUUGUACCGCUGACUAUCCAGGCCAGUGCUACAGAAGAGCUUCAGGUUUCACCUCUUGGGUGAACUUCGAGUCUCCAAAGUACGGAUCCCGAGGUGACAACGAGCUGUUGCAUGAUGCACAGAGAAUGUGCAACCUCGCCUUCCCCGGAUCUGAGGUGAGCCCAAUCAUCGAAUGCAGAGAGGCUAAAACUCAAAUCCCAUGGUGGGCCACCGGACAAAAGCUGGCCGUUGCCUGUGAGCCCCGUAAGGGACUCCUGUGCCUCAACAGCGACAACUACGAGGGCUGUAAGGAUUACGAAGUGCGCGUCUUCUGUUCCCAGCCCACCCACAGCUAUUACACCUGUAACGCCCGUUCUUUGGACUACCGCGCCUACGACAACUACAAGACCUCCCCAGCAUACGAUACCAAACUCGACGAGACGCCUUACUACGGCAACCUGUACCUGAACAUGGCCUUCAAGUACGGAACCAGGAAAGCUCCAGCUCCAGGCCCUGUUGGAUACUACUAAAUAUACUUACUAGGGGAUUUUUUUUUCAUUAUAAAAAUAAUGAAUGGUAUUUAAUAUUUAUUUCAAAAUAGUCUAUAAUGGGUAUACGAUACAGUGUUUUUUAUCGCUUUGAUCAGCAUUUACAGAUUAAUAAAAGACCACUUGAUAACCAUUUUGUACUCAU